AUAAAUAAAUGUAGACCGGGUGAAAAAGGAAGCGACCCUCCUCCUCUAAAAUAAGCAACGAUCAUCUCUAAUUUCCCCCAAUCCUCAACGCUUUCAAGUUUUCGAAUUGAGGAGCACACCGGGAACAAUGGAUGGGCAAAAUUCAGAUGAGUCAAAGCAAAACACCAGUGAUAUGUCGAUUUUUGUGCAAAAUCUUCUUCAACAAAUGCAAACCAGGUUUCAAACAAUGUCUGAUUCUAUUAUCACAAAGAUUGAUGAGAUGGGAGACCGUAUAAAUGAGCUGGAGAACAGCAUCAAUGACCUAAAAACAGAGAUGGGAGCAGAGGGCUCUCCUUCGCCUUUAGCCCCAUCAAAGCAAAAGUCAGACUCAACAAAACAUGAGGAUGGCUCAGCAUAAAACUAGGCCAAAUAUUGUAUUUAGCAGUUGAUUAUGAUUGUAAUUCGGUGACAUCUUGUUUUGUUUCAGACUACUUUCGGGGAGAGAGAGCAGGGACAUUACUAUGUUUCCCUCUUUUCCAGGUUUUUUUUACAUGUACCAAGUUUUUAUUCAAUGCACUGGGUUUGACAAU